AUGAAGUUGAUGAGCCUUUUACAAUCUUCAUGGCCUCGUACUUGUGUACUUUUCUUCCUGAUUCUGCAAAAGUUUACGAUUUCGACAAGUAAAUCCUCAUCAGUCACUUACUCUCAACAAUGUGCUUCUGUUGUUUCUGAGGCCACUCCAACAACUUAUGCAGAUUUCACCUUCCCUUUUCUGAGAACCUCGACUUCGUAUUUAACAGGCGGUGAAAGAAUCCUUGGCAAGAACUCAUCCCGCAGUUCUUUUGCUUCUUUUAGCUUUCGAACCUCAAGAAGUGUAUAUGCAACAAAUAGUCCCGGAGUUUACAAGGUUGAUGCAGAGUUGACUUUCCGGAUGUAUAGUAAUAUGGUGCUAAAUUCUGUGAGCAAUUCAAGUUAUGGAAGAUCAUCUCGUCGUCGUGGGAGGUCAGGGAGAUUGAAGUUCUUGCUACAUGGAUUCUGGUCAGAGUCUUCUGGGAAAGGCUGUUUUGUAGGAUCUGCUCCUUGGUACUCAAGCAAAGGUGAGUCUCUCAAUCUUGAAGCAAAGUUGAUUAUUAGUUAUUCCAGGAGUACUUCUAUAUAUUCUAAUAGUUAUGUAACUGCAAAGUUGGAGAGCUUGAGUGAUUUAAAUGAUGAGACUUAUUUUGAACCGAUUGCAAUACUGUCAUUUCCUGAAGUAAGUUAUUAUGAGUACAAGUUGAUAUCUGAGGAAGCUUUGAGAGAAUUUCAUGUGGUUGAUGCUAGAAAAGGUUCGGUUCUUGGUUCACAACCUGGAGAAAUAUGUUCAUUGUUUAACAGAAACUAUGCUACUUUUAACUUGGAGUAUGCACGUAGUUGCAGUGGUUUUGUGAGGAAUUGUUCUCCGCUGAAUGGGGUUCUUGGGUAUAUGCCUACUUAUGUUUCUGUGUAUUCUAUUCAAUGUCAUGAAUUUGAAAAUAAGAUGAGGUUUUUGGUACAACUUAGUAACAGGAGCUAUGUUGCGAGGUAUGAAAUGUUUGAUCCCAGUGCAACGUUAGUAGGGGAAGGAUUGUGGGAUAAGAAAACAAAUUCUCUAGUCAUUGUUGCUUGUAGGAUUUCAGGUUCAAAUUCUUUUGGGGAAGCUCGUGUUGGGGAUUGUUCAUUCCGGUUAAGCCUGUAUUACCCUUCAGUAUGGUCAAUUAAGAAUAGGGACAGAGCUGUGGGAGAGAUUUGGACAAACAAGACUGCACAAGAUGUAGGGUACUUUGGCCCGAUCAAAUUCAGGACUUCUGAUGCAUACAUGAAAGUUCCUGGUUUUAAGUAUGAAUAUACUGAAAUUGAGAAGGUAAAUAAGCUAUGCCCAAAGAAGGCUGUGAAAAGGGGGGAGAGGUACCCGAGUGGACAGUCUUAUGAUAUGAGGUUUGACAUGUCUGUGCAGAACUCAAAGUAUUUUGGUUGGGGUUUUGCAGAACCCAUCUUCAUAGGCAAUGAAUCGUACUCCUAUUCUGCAGAGUUCAUAUCAAACUCAAGAUGGGGAGGUGAUGGAGCUAUUGAAGUAUCUGAGGUCGAGGUUGCAAAUGUGGUUCUGAAUAACGCUCCAUUGAAUGUCAGUUACAAAUUAAGUUUUUCAUCGACGGGUGCUGUCAAAUUAGGGGCUGACCAUUCUUCACUGAAUACAUCCUUGAAUUCAUACGGGCAGCUGGUCAUCUCUGCUGAAGGCGUUUAUGAUGCUGGAACAGGAUACCUUUGUAUGGUUGGCUGUAGAACUCUGAGCUCCAACAAUUCCAACAAUUCAUUGGACUGUGAAAUAUUACUGAAUUUCCAGUUUCCAGGAUCAGUCAAGACUAAAGCCGGUUUUAUAAAGGGUAGCAUCCAAAGCACAAGGAAACAAAGUGACCCACUCUUCUUUAGGCACUUGAACUUGACAUCAUCCUCUUUCUCUGUUGCUGAGGCAGAACGAUCCUUAUGGAGGAUUGAUCUAGAGAUCACAAUGGUCUUGAUCUCGAACACACUGGCAUGCAUAUUUGUUUCCUUCCAACUUUACCAUGUGAAGAGGUACCCUAAUAGUGUUCCCUAUACUUCACUUUUGAUGCUUGUGAUCCUUACAUUGGGGCACAUGGUCCCUCUUGUGCUUAACUUUGAAGCACUGUUCAAGCCAAAGCAAAAUACACAAAACACAAUGCUAAGCAGUUCUGGAUGGCUAGAAGUGAAUGAAGUGAUUGUAAGAGUUGCUACAAUGGUGGCCUUCCUCUUGCAAUUUCGCCUCCUCCAAUUAGCCUGGACUGCACGUCAUACUGGUGAGAAUGAGCCCAGCAUAUCAGUUGCUGAGAAAAAGUCUAUAUUUGUUUCUUUACCAAUAUACAUUUUUGGCGGGCUGGUUGCUUUUCUUGUGAACUGGAAAAAGAAUUACUAUGCCAGUGCACCGCGUGCAUUUCACUAUUCACAAGCACAGGGCCAACAACAUACGCUCUGGGGGGAUCUAAGAUCAUAUGCUGGCCUAAUUCUGGACGGCUUUCUCUUCCCUCAAGUCCUGCUCAACAUAUUUCAUAUGUCGAGGGAAAGUGCUCUGUCUAUGCCUUUCUACGUGGGAACAACAGUGGUUCAUUCAGUACCUCAUGCCUAUGAUAUUUAUCGAGCUCACAACUAUGUUCCUGCUCAUGUCAAUGGUACGUAUCUUUAUGCAAAUCCUAGUGCAGAUUUCUACUCUGCUGCUUGGGAUAUCAUCAUUCCAAUGGGAGGUUUGUUGCUUGCUGGAAUCAUAUUUUUGCAGCAAAAAUAUGGUGGCCGCUUUAUCAACUUCAGAGAGGUGGAAUUAUAUGCAAAAGUUCCGGUAGCAGACACCUAA